AUGGAAGGUCUGCUGCGCCUCCAAGAGAUCUUUCAGUCCAUAAAGCCGACUCAGGUGGGCUUCGAGAUCAGAGUGGUUCGGCGUGUCCACUCGCCGCAAGACGCUCUCGCUUUCUUGAGGGAACUCGAGAAGAAUAACAGAUGGGCGCGCAAGUACGUGGUUCUCGACUGCAGUUCAGACAUGGCCAAGGACCUUAUCAUUGGCCACGUGAGGGACAUCCAGAUGGGACGCCGAAACUAUCACUAUCUUCUGUCUGGCCUCGUGAUGGACGAGCGCUGGGAGGAGAACGUGAAGGAAUUCGGCGCCGUCAACAUCACAGGCUUCAGAAUCGUCGACACGUCUCGGCCCUUCGUCAAGGACUUCAUCAGGACGUGGGCCACUCUCGAUCCCAAGGUGUUCCCCGGCGCCGGCAACAAUUAUGUCUCGGCACAAUCAGCGCUCAUCUACGACGGCGUGAGGGUGGUCGCCGAGGCGUUCACUCGAGUUCAGAGGAAGGUCGAGAACUUCAGCGAGUUCCUCUCCAGCCAAAGGAUCACCUGCGACUCGCACGAAGGAGACCAGGCCACGUGGGAGAAUGGGGAGAAGGUCGUCAGGAUCUUGAGGAAGGUUGAACUCGAGGGCCUGACCGGGAACAUCAGCUUCACCGACGAAGGCAAGAGGAAGGACUAUUCCUUGGAUGUGGUGGAGAUGACAUUCAACAGCGAGACGGUCAAGAUUGGUACGUGGAGUGAUUCUCACGGCUUUGAAACUGUGCCCGUGAAGUACACUCGCCUCGCCUCUGGACGGGGUCCUGCUAACAAGACAUAUAUUGUUACUUCCAUUUUGGAAAAGCCUUUCUUGGUGGUGAGGGAAGGGAAUUACACCGGAAAUGACCGAUUCGAGGGCUAUGCCAAGGAUCUUGCUGACCUUAUAUCUGAAUACCUGAAUAUAAACUAUACGCUACACAUCGUCAAGGAUAACACUUACGGGGCACUUGACGAGACUCAAGAAGGAGGAUGGGAUGGCAUGGUGGGAGAGCUGGUCCGGAGGGAGGCCGACAUCGCCAUCGCGCCCCUCACCAUCACGUCCUCCCGCGAGAGGGUCAUCGACUUCACCAAGCCCUUCAUGACCCUCGGGAUCUCCAUCAUGAUCAAGAAGCCCGUGCAACAGAAGCCCGGGGUGUUUAGCUUCAUGUCGCCGCUGUCCGAAGAGAUCUGGAUGUGCGUCGUGUUUGCGUACGUCGGGGUGUCCAUCGUGUUGUUCCUGGUCAGCAGGUUCAGUCCGUACGAGUGGAAGGUUAUCGAGACGUACACAAAAUCCAGCAUAACCAACGACUUCACCAUCUGCAAUAGCUUGUGGUUUACUCUGGGAGCCUUCAUGCAGCAAGGAAUCGACCUUUGCCCCAGGUCCCUCUCAGGCAGGAUUGUGGGGAGCGUCUGGUGGUUCUUCACCCUCAUCCUCAUCUCCUCCUACACCGCCAACCUAGCGGCCUUCCUCACCGUCGAGAGGAUGGUCACUCCUAUCAAGUCCGUGGAUGACCUCGCUCGGCAGACUGAGGUCGAGUACGGCACCCUCAACGGCGGCUCUUCCAAGGAGUUCUUCGAGCGCUCGAAAAUCAGCAUCUACAACCGCAUGUGGGAAUUUAUGACUUCGCGAAAGCACGUUUUCACGCAAUCCUACGAGGAAGGGAUUGAACGCGUAAGAACCUCGAAGGGCAAGUACGCCUACCUGCUGGAGAGUGUUAAGAACGACUACAUCAACGAGCAGCUCCCUUGUGACACUAUGAAGAUUGGUCAGAAUCUCAACUCCAAUGGUUACGGCGUGGCGACACCUAUGGGCUCACCUAUCAAGGAACGCCUCAACCUUGCCAUUCUGAGUCUGAAAGAAGACGGAGAUCUGGCAAGACUCAAGAACAGGUGGUGGUUCGAGUACUCCGCCUGUGACAAGAAUAAGCAGGAGACGCAGACGAACGCCCUCACGCUGAGCAACGUCGCGGGGAUAUUCUACAUCCUCACAGGCGGCCUCGUGUUAUCGCUUAUCGUGGCUCUUAUCGAGUUCUGCUACAAGUCCAAGAUGGACGCUGCCAGGGCCAAGCUGAGCUUGUCGGAUGCCAUGAAAGCAAAAGCACGGAUGUCAAUCACGGGAGGCAAAGACCUGGAUAACGGCCGAUUCUACGCCCCGGCCAGCCAGAUCCUCGACGGGGACAUCCUCCACGCCAACACCCACACCCAGGUCUGA